CCGGUACCGCAAAAAAAACCCCAAAAAACAAAAAACAAAAUCAGCCUCAUGUGAGCUUUUUAUGAGUAGAAAUGAGAUGUUUCGUGUCGUGAAUCUCACUCUUCUUCCUGGAAAUACCUGUCUGGUGAUGUAGGAGGCCGUGACCUUCGAGGAUGUGGCUGUGAACUUCUGCAGGGAGGAGUGGGCUUUGCUGGAUCCAUCCCAGAAGGAGCUCUACAGAGAUGUGAUGUGGGAAACCUUUAGGAACCUGGCUGCUGUCGGAAAGAACUCAGAUGACCCACAAGUUGAAGAGAAGUACAGAAAUUGGAGAAAACAUCUAAGAAGUGAAGAGGUGGAGCAAUCCUGUGAAUGUAACUUAUGGGAUCAUCAUGGAGGAAUGGUUUCUCAGGCUGCAGAUCCACAUGUGCACGUGGAAGUUGUUGGUGUGAAACCUGGUGACAGCCUUUCCUCUAGGAGGCCCCAGGUUGGUCCUUCAUCAGCAGAUGGACCCAUCAUAGCUAACACUGGACUCAAACCAUAUGAGCAGCAGGGGUUUCAAGAGAAGCUGUCUAUGUGUGAGAAACAUGGCAAAGCCUGCACAGAGCUGCAGUCCUUUGAGAAACAUGUAAAGACAAGUCCUGGGGAGAAACCCCGUGAACAGAUGCCACGUGUGAAAUCGUACUCUGAUUGCACUGAGGAAGGUGCCAGUGAAGAGAAGCCAGAUGUCAAUUCAUUCCUUACACCCAGGGAUGUUCAAGUCCGGGAAAGAUGUCACAGUGAAGGGCAUAUGGAUACAUGUGAACCAUAUGGAGGAAGUUUCACUUCUCACCACGAUAUUCAGACACAUGGAAAAGCUCACUCUGGAGAAAAAACCCAUGUAAGUAAACACUAUGGAAAACCCCUCACUAGUAAUUCAUUGGGUAAUCUUCAAAGAAAUCUCACUGGGGAGAAACCCUAUGUAUGUAACCAGUGUGGGAAAACUUUCAGUGUACAAUAUUUUCUUCAACAACAUGAAAAGAUCCACAGUGGAGAGAAACCCUUUGUAUGUAAGGAAUGUGGAAAAGCUUUCAGCAGAAAAAGUCAUUGGCGAAUACAUGAACGCACUCACACUGGGGAGAAGCCCUAUGCAUGUAAGCAGUGUGGGAAAGCUUUCAUCACACGUCGUGCUUGUCAGUGGCAUGAAUGGACUCACACUGGGGAGAAGCCCUAUGCAUGUAGGCAAUGUGGCAAAGCUUUCAGCAGAAUAGAUACUUGGCGAAAACAUGAACGGACCCACACUGGGGAAAAGCCCUAUGUAUGUAAACACUGUGGCAAAGCUUUCAGCAGAAAAGAUAGUUGGAGACUGCAUGAACGGACUCACACUGGUGAGAAACCCCAUGUGUGUAAGCAGUGUGGGAAAGGCUAUAUCAGACACAGAGACUGUGAAACACAUGUACGGACUCACACUGGUGAGAAACCCUAUGCGUGUAAGCAAUGUGGAAAAGCUUUCAGCAGCAAAGUAGGUUGGAAAAUACAUGAAAGAGCUCACACUGAUGAGAAACCUUAUGUAUGUAAGCAAUGUGGGAAAACCUUUGUCAGACGCAGCCAUUAUGAAACACAUAUAUGGAUUCACACUGGGGAGAAACCCUAUGCAUGUAAGCAAUGUGGAAAAGCUUUCAGCAGCAAAGCAGGUUGGAAAAUACAUGAAAGGGUUCACACACAGGAUAAACUCUAUGUAUGUAAGAAAUGUGGGAAAGCCUUUGUCACACACAGAGAUUAUAAAACACAUAGACAGACUCACGCUGGGGAGAAACCCUAUGCAUGUAAGCAAUGUGGGAAAGCUUUCAGCACACGUCAUUUGUGUCAGCAGCAUGAACGUAUUCACACUGGGGAGAAACCCUACAUAUGUAAGCAAUGUGGCAAAGCGUUCAGCAGAAAAGAUAAUUUGCAAAUGCAUGAACGAACUCACAGUGGGGAGAAACCCUACACAUGUAAGCAGUGUGGGAAAGCUUUCAGCAGAAAAAAUCAUUGCCGAAUGCAUGAACGAACUCACACUGGUGAGAAACCCUACACAUGUAAGCAGUGUGGGAAAGCUUUCAUCACACGUGGUAUUUGUCAAAACCAUGAAUGGACUCAUUCUGGGGAGAAACCGUAUGCGUGUAACCAGUGUGGGAAAGCUUUCAGUGGACAGUAUUUUCUUCAACAACAUGAAAAGACCCACACUGGAGAGAAACCCUAUGCAUGUCAGGAAUGUGGAAAAGCUUUUAUCACACAUCGUAAGUGUCAAAUACAUGAAAGAAUUCACACUGGGGAGAGACCCUAUGCAUGUAAGCAAUGUGGGAAAGCCUUCAUCACAUAUUUUGCUUGUCAAAGACAUGAACAGACUCACACUGGGGAGAAACCCUAUGCGUGUAAGCAGUGUGGCAAAGCUUUUAGGGAGCAUGGUGUUUGUCAAAAGCAUGAGCAGACUCACACUGGGGAGAAACCCUAUGCAUGUAAACAAUGUGGGAAAGCCUUUGUGACACACAGAGAUUUGGAAAUACAUAUACGCACUCACACUGGGGAGAAACCCUAUGCGUGUAAACAAUGUGGGAAGGCUUUCAGCACACGUCGUUUUUGUCGACUGCAUGAACGUACUCACACUGGGGAGAAACCCUACAUAUGUAAGCAGUGUGGGAAGGCUUUCAGCACCAAAGCAGGUUUGCAAAUACAUGAAAGAACUCACAGUGAUGAGAAACCCUAUGUAUGUAAGCAGUGUGGAAAAGCUUUCAUCACACGGUAUAAUUGUCAAAGGCAUGAACAGACUCACACUGGGGAGAAACCCUAUGUAUGUACACAAUGUGGAAAAGCUUUCAGCACCAAAGCAGGUUGGCAAAUACAUGAAAAGACUCACACUGGGGAGAAGCCCUACGUAUGUAAGGAAUGUGGGAAAGCCUUCAGGAGUAAAGCUGGUUGGCAGAUACAUGAAAAGGCUCACACUGAGGAGAAACCCUAUGUGUGUAAGGAAUGUGGGAAAGCUUUCAUCACACAUCGUAGGUGUGAAAUACAUGAAAGAAUUCAUACUGGGGGAAAACCCUAUGUGUGUAAGGAAUGUGGGAAAGGUUUCAGCACACGUGAUGUUUGUCAAAACCAUGAAGAGACUCACUGGUGAAAACCCCUAUGUAUGUACACAAUGUGGCACAGCUUUCAGAUCACACUCAGAUUGUCAAAUACAUGUUACAACACACAAGGAAGAAACU